GCGUCCAUCCGGUUACUUUUAUCAUCAUGAUUUUAAAAUUACAAGGGCGUGUGAUUUUUUUCAAAAAUGAAUGACAAGGAAGUUUCAAACAGAUCAUCAUUACGAGCUGCUGAAUGUAGACAUUGCAAAGAAUUAACAGGAGAAAAGAAAAGUUGGAUCAUUUAUUCUAAGGAAAUAGGAAAAUGCCUGUUACCUGUGAAGUUUUCUUUUUGAUUUUAUGCGUUUUCGGUGAAACUGUCAAAAGCACAUGUCCAUCUGGAUAUUGGGGAGAUGACUGCAAGACAGCAUGUGAGACAAAUUGUGGAUCUUAUUGCAAUGAAGCAACAGGGGUAUGCAGUUAUUGCAGAUCUGGCUAUUGGGAUGAAUACUGUAAUAAAAAUUGCCCGGAAAAUUGUAGCUCUCUAUCAUGCGGUAAAAGUGAUGGAAGUUGUUAUUCGUGUACCGAUGGCUGGUAUGGUAAAAUGUGCAACAACACUUGUAAUGUCAAUUGUGAUAAAUGUUAUCAAACGACUGGGGCAUGCAAAGUAUGUAAUGAUUAUAAAUGGGGAGAAUUCUGUAACAACACGUGUGUUCCAAAUUGCAAAAUAUGUGACAAACUAACAGGUGAAUGUCGAACAUGUAAAACCGGAUUUUGGAACACUUCUUGUGAAGAAAAAUGUUCUGACAUUAAUUGUGAUAUUUGUAGUAUCUCAUCUGGAGAAUGUCAGACGUGCAAAGCGGGAUUUUGGGGAGAAACCUGUCAAAAUACUUGUGGAAACUGUAAGUCAGAUAAGUGUGGAAAAAGUGAUGGACGAUGUACAUCAUGUCAAUCUGGCUUUGCUGGACAUAACUGUUCAAUAAUGUGUAAACUUGGAAAUUGUGACUCGUCCUCAUGUAGUGUUAAUUACAGGUGUUAUAGAUGUAAAUAUGGAUACUGGGGGAAUCUUUGUGAACAUGAAUGCAGUCAAAGUUGUUCAUCAGGCUGUGAUAAAAGCAAUGGAAAUUGUAGUAGCUGCACUUCCGGUCUUUGGGGAGCAAAUUGUGACAACAAAUGCAUAUACAACUGUUUCUCUUCAAGCUGUAUUAGAUCAAACGGACAAUGCAGUACUUGCAAGUCUGGACAUUGGGGUUUAUUGUGUAAUGAAACAUGUAGCUAUGGUUGUUCGCUCUUAAGCUGUAAUAGAAAUGAUGGUAAGUGCAGCAGCUGCAAGAAUGGACUUUGGGGCGAAUUUUGUCAGGACACUUGUGGCGAAGGCUGUUACUACUCAACGUGUAGACAUAGUGAUGGAUAUUGCAGUUAUUGCAAAAGCAAGUAUUGGGGAGACAUCUGUAACAGGACAUGCAGCCAAGGCUGUUCAUCAAGCUGUAAUAAAAGUAAUGGAAAAUGUAGCAGCUGCAUUGCCGGACUUUGGGGAGAUUAUUGUAACAAAACCUGCAUGUACAACUGUUCCUCAACGAGCUGUUCUAGAACAAACGGUCAUUGUGCUGACUGUAGGCCAGGACUUUGGGGUUAAUUUUGUAAUUAUACUUGCAGUCAAGGUUGUUCCUCCCUAGGCUGCGAUAGAAGCAAUGAAUACUGUAGUAGUUGCAAGCCAGGUCUUUGGGGAGACGAUUGUACUCAUUCUUGUGGUAAAGGUUGUUUGUCUUCAUUGUGUCUUAAAAGUGAUGGCUAUUGCACUUCAUGCAAGCUUAAUUAUUGGGAUGACACCUGUAACAAGACUUGCAGCCAACAUUGUUUAAGUUGUAGUAAGAACAAUGGCGUAUGUGGUACUUGCAAAGAUAGAUUAUGGGGACCAUACUGUCAAAACAAAUGUAAUAAGUCAUGUUCUCCAUCACAAUGUCGUAUUGCGUCCGGCGAAUGUGUAAAUUGCAGUUUUAAUAGAUGGGGUAAGUUUUGUGAAAAUAUGUGCAGCAAGUCUUGCCCAUGGGGUUGUAAUAGAUAUACUGGAUAUUGCAUAAACUGUAGGAACGGAUAUUGGGGUAACGACUGUUCCAAUAUAUGCAACAGCACAAGAUGUGAACAAUGCUCUGUGGCGAAUGGGGUAUGUUCAAUGUGUCAACCAGGUUUUUGGGGGGACACAUGUCAGAUUUCGUGCAAGUCCGACAAAUGCCUUCAAUGCAAUAAAGAAACUGGAUACUGUAGUAUAUGUCCAUCUGGACGAUGGGGAUUACUUUGUCAGCGCUUGUGCAGGGAUGAAUGCCCCUGUUGCAGCAUAAGUACUGGAGUAUGCUCGUAUUCUUGCCCAGCCAUUUUAGGUAUUUUUACUUAUUUUACUUAUUUUGUUCUUAUCAUUUUAAACGCAGAAGUCAAAAUCAAACUUGAACAAAGAAGUGAGUAUUUGUAUUUCAUUUUUAAACAGCAGACCAGCAUUUGAAUAAAAAAAGUUUUCCUUUGGCGUGAAUAGUUGCAUUUAUCAUUAGUUGACAUAAAUAUCAUAUAAUUAUUUCAAUAUGAAGAAAUUAAGCAUGUAUGUAUU